AAUGCCCAGAGUGCAGCUUCUUACAGUCUUAAGACUGUGUGGUUACGUGCACAUGUCAUUUUUCCCUGCCCUAUCGCGGUUCUCGUCCGUCGAGUCACUGGAACUGUCUGAGUGUGAGCUGAGCCUCCCACAGCUUCAGCGGAUCAUACAUUCCUUUCCCCUGCUUACAUCACUCACAUUGCACAAAAUUCCAAUCACUCCACUUCACACUGCCGGCCCUGUCUUUCGCUCACCAUCUGGCAUACGCCUGCGCUAUCUUCAUGUCGAUCUUCGUAUCAAUAAGCCCCUACAACCCGAUUUCAUCGAUUGGAUAACCCAGUCAGGCCUCUGCACCUCUUUCGAGGAUCUGGCAAUCUGGAAUGCAGCGUGCCCGCGGCAAAGCGUCAUCGCACUCCUCAAAACGGCAGGGUCUUCCUUACCUCGAUUACAGUCUCACUGUUAAGACUCCCUCUUCCUUGCUCAUUCGACUUCGCCGCACGCGCAUGCACCAUGCAGACACCCAUUGCGAUCUAGUGCAGAAUACCGCCUUGCGAUCCUUGAACAUCCGAAUCGAAGAUGUUAACCUCUUUGUAGAAGAUCAGGAGCGUAACAUGCCUCAAAUAGCCAAGCUGUUACACGACGUUCUCUCCACUGUCCGAAGCCACCAGCUCGAGUACCUCGAGAUCAAGAUUUGGGUUGCCUGGGGCCCCCUCUUUGGAUCUGUCAGACGAGGCAUCGAAUUAGCGGCCCUGCACGAGACCAUGAGCCAGCCUCACUUCAACGCGCUGAAGGGUGUCAACGUGACGAUGGUCAUGCGGAAUUUGCGGUGUAGGUACUUGGCUCGGGUCGAGGAUGUCUGUCGGACGUUCGAGGCCUCGUUUCGGAGGUUGCUCCAGCCGUGGGAUGACCGCGGUAUUGUCAAGCGCGUCGCCCCCUGGACACGUACAGAUAGAGUACCAGACCCGUUUGCGCUUCAUGGUUCUCGAGACUCCUCCUUCAAGUUUGCUCCGACCGACAGGAAUGACUCACGAAGCGCUCAGUUAUAGUAGCACUGCUAGAUAUGUCGCGGCGUUGUGAGGCUGCAAAUUGGAAUCCGUAGAUGGGACACGUCCACGAACUACCCUUUGUCACAACUGGGUCAAUUAUGUCUGUCAUCGGCGGACUCGAUAGAUGCCUGUCGAUUUUC